UGUAUCGUCGUUGGCUCGUUGUGAAGCAGGUUGUCAGGGGCAGCGCAUAAAUCAUUCCGCUAACCCGGUGUCGUUUGUAUUAAUGAUGAGAUAUUUACUUAGAAAUAGACUGCCGACACACCUCAUUUUUUGUGUGGAGAUACCCAGUUUAUUUGGGCGAACGCAAGAAUGAUGUCAGCGCUGCUUUUUGCCGAAAAAACAUCAGGUUUGUGAUGGCGUUAGCCCGAAGCUAGCUAGCUAGCGAAACGUCAGCAACGCAAAGUGCGCCGAGCAGAUAAACACAACAAAUUGCCAUAUAAUCUGUGGUUACUUACUUGUCUGCCUAUGGAUUUGAAUAUGGAAGACGAGCACGAAAAUGUCAUGGAGCAGGAAGAAUCCAGCUUCACCGACAAGUCAUCCUCAUUACCCUACGUUUCCCCGUAUCGGUCGAGCAGACUACACGUAGAGAGGACGAAUGUGUGCUCCAGGGCGUAUUUCGUCGUGGUUAUGGUCUUUUUCCAUGUUUACAUCCUAAAUGUGAUCGCCCUGUUGCUCUACGUGCAUUACAACAACGGCCCCGGGGAUCUGGUUAGUGUUGACGUCUCUUCUGCACCUGUCAGUGAGGGUGUGAGUCCUCUGCCUCACCCCGCCUCACCCUCAUCAGACGAUUACAUUCACAGCUUCAAUCUCCCUCGAAUUGAGGGGAUACGGGUAGGACAUGUUCAGCUGGUGUCACUCAUGACCGACAGAACACACGAGAUGAAGACGCUCAGCCUGAAACCUCUUCUGUUUGAGAUCCCUGGCUUUCUGUCAGAGGAGGAGUGUCGUGUGGUGGUGCAGCUUGCUCAGCUCAAAGGCCUGACAGAGCACCAGAUAACACCAGCAAGCCAAGAACAACAGGACUCAAAUCAGCCUCUACUUUCACUCAGCACAGAGGAGAUCUUCAGUCUGCUGGACUUAAAUCAGGAUGGGCUGCUGCAGAAACAGGAGAUUGUGAGUCACUCGCGUUCUCGAGACGGGACUUGGUUGAAUCCAGAUAAUUUACGGCACAUUCUGUCCGGUCUAGAGUCCUGCCCAAAAGGCAUGCUGACUUUGGAGGAGUUUCAGGGCCUGUAUGAUGUAUCUCAACAACCCGGAAAGCAGCGCAGUGAGAAGCUGCAGAAGCAGGUCAAACAGAGAAGCAGACACACGUGGCUUUACCAGGGCCCAGGAUCUCACCAUGUCCUGCAAACACUCAGAAACAGAGUAAAAAGUCUGACCCGGGUGCCUACUGCGUUGGUUGAGCUGAGUGAGCAGCUUCAGGUGAUCCGCUAUGAGCACGGAGACUUCAGUAACGCACACUACGAUAGUAGUUCUGAGCAUCCAGACACGUGCUGCGCACACACCCGCCUGGCAGGAAACACUUCUGCCCUAACAGAAGUCCCCUGCAGGUAUCUUACAGUGAUGUUCUACCUCAGCUCUGUAGAGGAAGGUGGGGAGAUGACCUUCCCUGUGGCAGACAAUCGUACCUAUGAUGAGGAGGCACUGGUCCAGGAUGGAGUUGAUUUGACGGACACUCGGGAAACAUGUGUCAGAGGUAACCUGAGAGUGACUCCUACUCCAGGGAAAGCUCUGUUCUGGUACAACCACCUCUCUGAUGGCAGAGGUUGGAUGGGUGAGCUUGAUGAGUAUUCUCUUCAUGGAGACUGUCCAGUGAGGCGUGGGGUUAAGUGGGUGGCCAACAGCUGGGUAAAUGUUGACCCAGACCACCAGCAGCAAGCCCGGUACCAACGACUGGUUUCACAAAGGCAUCAAGUAAACUCGGGUGUUGAGGACCAUUACCAACCUCUGUCUCACAGUGACCUCCAUCAAGACCUAUAGCCAGGCCUCCAGGUCUUACUAACAUCACGAUACCGUACUUUUGACUUGGCCUGUUCGAAGCUUGUGAGCUGUGUGGCUCAACUUUCAAAAUACCUAAUGCUACUUCAAAAAGAGAUUUUGCUUAUUUGCAGUCUUUUACGUCACGUCUUUUAAACCACUGUUUCACUAGCCACGUUUACUUGAAAUAUCAGAAGUUUAUGAAAUUGACUACAGAAUUUUGAUAGGCAAAUGCAUUUGGCUACCUCACAGUUUGUCUUUAUUCUUCACAUAACUUUAAAUUUUUAAAAAUGAUUGAACACUCCUCUGUCAGAUCAUGCUUUAUAGAAAAAUCC